CUCAAAAUCUAAUUUUCAUGAAUCUGAUCUUCUUUUUUACUGUAUAGACAACAAGAUAGAACUCACUAGCAUUGUUGGAUCCAUACUGCAGAUUCUUAAACCCGAUCCCGAGGCAAUGUCAAAGAUUAUCACUGAAAACUUAAGUGAGGAGUUCUUGUAUUCCUUGAUCUGCUACUAUGCUCUUCAAGUGUGUUCCUGCCCAUGAUGAUAUUAUAAAAGUGUACUUCAGAAAUAAUAUAUGAUCUAUAUGACUGUAUUUUUAACUUGAUGCCACCAGUAUAAUUGAGUUAACUCCAGAUGGUCCAGAAGGACAGCUUUGGGCUCUACAUUGACAUGGGCAACCAGAACACACGAUGGAUAGUAGAAUUACUUUCUUGGGGAGUAAUCCUUUCCUCAUCUCAACUUUGCAUGGCUUAAUUUGUGUUACAACUUAUAACUAUAAACAUGAUUAGCAUUCCACACUUUUCUAUGGAAAAUGAAUGAGUGAUUGCUGAAAUAUGGAGUUAUUGGCAGUUUCUUCUAGAAUAAUGGAAUUAUUAGCAGUGAUAUCCAAUUUUUAUCUGUUUGAAUAUAGGAGUUUUGAUUUGUUGAUGUGCAUUGAUAAUCUGUCUGACAUGAUGUACACAUAAUAAAGUCAAUAUUUCUUAUGGUGGCUGAUUGUUCUGUUCCAAUUUUCUUUUUGGUUCCCUGUACAAUGGUGACAAGAUAAAAUAUUUUCUUUCUGUUUGUGCUGAACAUGGAGCUAGGGUAGUGAUAGACACCUCCUUCUCUGGUCUGGAGUUCCAAACCAGAGUUGUCUGGAGUCUGUGGAAUCUGGAUAGUUUUUCUUAUAAUAUUGGUUUAUAUCUCGCGCUCCGCAUUUUUAUGCUCGGAGAGCUGUCCCUUCAGCUGACCAUGAGUGGGUUUGACUGCGGGUUUAUGAUUUACAAUGACCCAUCCUUGGUCCAACAUACGUUCACAAGCCUGAGUCGACCACAUUGCACAUUGAAGUAUACUUUCAGAAAGCUGUUGUGUCUUAAGAACAAUAGGGGCCAGCGCUUCUCUGAACUCAUCAAGGAGCCAAAGGAGACACUGAAGAACCAUCCUGACAAGUUGACUAAGACACUCGAAGAGCUGUGGUUGGGAUGUUGUCGGCUGCCAUGGUGGUAUCUCCAUGCUUUCGAAAGCGACGGCCUACAUCGGCAAAUCGUUUCAAAAUGGGCACUUUCGAAGGCGAGCUCGAUGGCUGCAACAUCAGGGAGGCCCUCCUUUGAUCCACUGGACUCUGCAUAUCAAGCAGCACGUGGACCGGGAUACCGGACUACUGCCGGUUCAGCUUUGCUCUGGAGAGCGGCAAAUUCGACCAGGCGAUGGACUGCAUCUGAUCACGUAAGUGUUAAAAGUCUUUACCCAUACUGACAUGCCAACAUCAGAUCACCACAAAGAUUAUAGCGCAGUCCUUACUGGACCGCCAUGCCAUGGUCUAACUCACACUUUUUUUAGGACUCGGAUACUCAAAAAAGCUUCGCAGCUUAAUGCAGCAAUGGCGACUCUUUCUCUCCCCGUGGUACACCCGCAGGUCUCCCUCUGGCGACAAGGGCCGCAGCGGCUGCAUGGCUCGCCAAGCUGCCAGUCCAGACACGCCGGGAGAGUGCAAUCCAGCUACAGGGGGCUCGAAGCGCUGUAUGAUGAUGGAUACGGGACGGUCAAGGGCCUGGACUACUACUAUCAGGCACUUGGGCAUCUGGUGGAGCAUGACAGCGGGCCGCCAUGCUGGUUAUGCCCCGUCGACGCCGGCUCGACGGUCGAGGAUGCUCCACUCAUGCUGUAUUUGCCAGGGGUAGAUGGGAUGGGGAUGGGGCUCUGCAUGCACCACCAGGCUCUUGGAAGGAUAUUUGAACUUAGAUGCUUGCACAUUCCUUUUCACGACCGCACGCCAUUCGAAGAACUCGUCACAAUGGUAGAAGAUGUUGUGAGAGCAGAGCAUUCCAGUUCUCCUAAUAAGCCCAUCUAUCUAUUGGGGAAUUCGUUUGGAGGAUGCUUAGCUCUUGCAGUUGCUGGUCGCAAUCCCCGUAUUGAUUUGAUACUGGUACUAGUUAAUCCAGCUACGCCAUUUGAGAGGUCAGACAUAAAAAAGCUUCUGUCAGCUUUCACCCCGUUAUCGAACAACGCCUAUAUUGCAAUUACAGCUCUACUGAACUACAACAUCGACAACGAGUUCAACAUGGCACUGAGUAGAAUGCAAAGUGGGAAGCAUCCUUUAGAAGCACUCGGCAGAUUGACAAGUAACAUGUCUACUAUCCUGAAGCAUACGAAUAUACUGGACAAACUACCAGAAGACACACUACAAUGGAAGAUGAAACUCAUCAAACGGGCUGCGCAAUAUGCUAAUUGCCGUAUACAAUCAGUCACAGCUGAGGUGCUACUGCUAGCCAGCUGCGCUGACAACUUACUUCCGAGCAAAUCUGAAGCGUACAGGCUACAGAACAAAAUACCUAAAUCCAAAAUCUUCUUUUUUGAGAAGCAUGGGCACAGUUUACUGUUGGAGCAUGGUGUCCAUGUCUCAUCCAUCAUCAAAUGCGCUGGUCUCUACCGCCAUUCGAGGCGCUAUCAUCGGGUUUUCGACUACAUCCCACCAUCCGCAACCGAGCUAAAUGAAGUCGACAAAGCUAGCAGCGACCUGACGUUCAGAACGUGCCCGGCGAUGUUCUCGACAUUGGAAGAUGGCACGGUGGUCCGGGGGCUGGCCGGGGUGCCCGAGGAGGGCCCGGUGCUGCUGGUAGGCAACCACAUGCUGCUGGGGAUCGAGCUCAUCUCUCUCGCGGCGGAGUUCAUGCGGCAUAAGAAGGCCGUGGUCCGUGGCAUCGCGCACCCGCUGCUGUUCCCCAAGAAGACGAAGACGUGGUCGGAGGGACACGACUUCUUCGACUUUCUCAACCUGUGGGGCGGCGUGCCCAUGACCUACAAGUAUGUAUACGAGUUGCUGGCAGCCGGGGAGUUCGUGCUCCUCUACCCAGGUGGUUACAGGGAGGCAAUCCACUGCAAGGGUGAAGAGCACAGGAUUUUCUGGCCAGACCAGACUGAAUUUGUUAGGAUGGCGGCGCAGUUGAAUGCCACAAUCGUGCCGUUUGGAGUCGUCGGAGAGGAUGACCUCUUGAACCUGCUUUGUACAUUCGACAAUAUCCGGAGCAUGCCUUUUGGCAGGGAGAUAAUGCGGGCGUACAGUAAGCAUCUGAAGUUAAGGGAUGCCAAGCACGAGGUGAUCUUCCCGGGCGUGUUCCUCAAGAUCCCGGGCCGGUUCUACUACCGGUUCGGGAAGCCGAUCCCGACGCGGGGGAGGCAGGACGUCCUCACUGACCGACGCGCCGCGACGGACCUCUACACGCACAUCAAGUCGGAGGUGCAAGGCAUCAUCUCCUACCUGCUGGAUAAGCGGGAGGAGGACGAGUACAGGAAGAUCUCGCGGAGGCUAAUGUUCAUGGCUUCCCAGGGGUUCAACAGCGAGGUUCCGUCGUUCGAUCCAUAACUACACAGCGCAAAGGGAGAGAUGUAAAAUGCCACAUAUCAUGAGAACGUAUCCGUUGAAUACUCAUUUUUCGGCCUCCGUUCGUUCGCAGACGUUUAUGCAAAUGCUUGUAAUUUGUGAUAUUUGAAUUUUCACAAGGAUACUCACGGUGAACACAAUGAGCCGCUAAA